AUGGCCAGAUUCGAGUAUCAACCGUAUGUCCCGCUCCACAUGAGAUACGCACACUACUACCUCACUUUCGACCUUCAGCCAGGAAAGGCAUGGAUUGUCGGUUCUGCCACAAACCAAGAAUCCAGUUUUGCCAUUUUCGAUCAGAACUUGAAGAUCUCUGUGGAUUUAAACACUAGCACCUCAAGAGCAACUCAGCAGGACUACGAGUCCCUCAUGGUCGUUGUCAAAGUGGUUUCCGCAAAACAAUCCUUCUCUCUAAGAACCACUCAUAACACAUCGAGCCCACUUGUUUCAAUCAAGUCGGUACAAAAAGAUGGACGAUUAUUUGGGGAAGCUGAGAUCGGAGGGAUAAUCACGGACAUUGAGCCAGGAAUGUAUCACUUGAGAGUGGAAUUAAUCGACCCUUGCACCUCUCCCGCAAUCGCUGUCAAGGUUUCUAAGUCAUUCGAGCUCUGUCUCAAAUAA